AUGAGGUCGAAAACUGAGUGGGCCGAGGCAGGUGCGACUGUAGGACAGUUGUACUCAGACAUUGCGAGCAAUACUGCAGACUACAGCUUCCCUGCGGGAACGUGCCCCACAAUGGGCACGGGCGGCCAUUGCAGCGGAGGCGGAAUGAGUUUGCUCUCCAGGAAAUACGGCCUCGCCGCCGACAACAUCAUUGAUGCACUGCUCGUGGACGCCAACAGUAACUUGUUGGACAGAAAGAGCAUGGGAGAAGAUCUGUUUUGGGCGCUCCGAGGCGGCGGCGGAGGCAGCUGGGGCGUCGUUGUUGCAUGGAAAGUUGGCCUGGUGAGAGUGCCAAGCAAAGUGACGGUGUUCAUGGUGUUCAUGGCGAAAUCAGGUGACCGACCUAGUCUAUCGGUGGCAAUCCAUUGCGCAUCUGUUAGAACAGGAUCUCUUUAUUCGCGCUGCAAUAUAUGGCUCCGAAUCGCAAGGCGGCCUGAAGGACAUUAA